CCGCUGCUCCUCAGUAGACUCUUGGUUGCCGUGAGCGUUGGGUGUCCCCGCUGCUGCAACCUCCCCGCCGCGCCCUCUCCAUCGCCCUCGCUGUUAGCCUUCACACACAUAUCACAAAAUGAGAGAAAUCGUCCACGUGCAGACCGGCCAGUGCGGCAACCAGAUCGGCACAAAGUUCUGGGAAAUCAUCAGCGACGAGCACGGCCUGACGGCGGCGGGCACGCUGAGGGAGAACGUGCCCCACGAUGUCAGGGAACUGCAGCUCGAACGCAUCAAUGUCUACUACAGCGAGGGCGCCCCCGGAAAGUACGUGCCCCGGGCCGUACUGGUGGACCUGGAGCCCGGCACCAUGGACUCCGUGAAGGCGGGUCCCCUCGGGGAGCUCUUCAAGCCUAGCCACUUCGUCUUCGGCCAGAGCGGCGCGGGCAACAACUGGGCCAAGGGACACUACACUGAGGGCGCCGAGCUGGUCGACUCCGUGCUGGACGUGGUGAGGAAAGAGGCCGAGAACUGCGACUGUUUGCAGGGCUUCCAACUGACCCACUCCCUCGGGGGCGGCACCGGCUCCGGCAUGGGCACGCUGCUCAUCUCCAAAAUCCGCGAAGAAUUCCCCGACAGAAUCAUGAACACCUUCUCCGUGGUGCCCAGCCCGAAGGUGUCUGACACCGUCGUUGAGCCGUACAACGCCACGCUGUCCAUCCACCAGCUGGUCGAGAACACCGACCAGACCUACUGCAUCGACAACGAAGCCCUCUACGACAUUUGCUUCCGCACGCUCAAGCUGGCCAACCCGACCUACGGCGACUUGAACCAUCUCGUGUCUCUCACCAUGUCGGGCGUCACCACCUGCCUGCGCUUCCCCGGCCAGCUCAACGCCGAUCUCAGGAAACUGGCCGUCAACAUGGUGCCCUUCCCCCGCCUCCACUUCUUCAUGCCUGGCUUCGCCCCGCUCACCGCCCGCGGCUCCCAGCAGUACCGCGCCCUCACCGUGCCCGAGCUCACCCAGCAGAUGUUCGACGCCAAGAACAUGAUGGCUGCGUGCGACCCCCGCCACGGCCGCUACCUCACCGUGGCCGCCGUGUUCCGAGGCAAGAUGUCCAUGAAGGAGGUCGACGAGCAGAUGUACAAUAUCCAGAGCAAGAACUCCUCCUACUUCGUGGAAUGGAUCCCCAACAACGUGAAGACCGCCGUGUGCGACAUCCCGCCCCGAGGCAUCAAGAUGGCCUCCACCUUCAUCGGCAACUCCACCGCCAUCCAGGAGCUGUUCAAGAGGAUCUCCGAGCAGUUCACCGCUAUGUUCAAGCGAAAGGCUUUCCUCCACUGGUACACGGGCGAGGGCAUGGACGAGAUGGAGUUCACGGAGGCGGAGAGCAACAUGAACGACCUGGUCAGCGAGUACCAGCAAUACCAGGAGGCCACCGCCGACGACGAGGACGAACUGGGCGAUUACGAGGAGGAGCAGGAGACCGCCUAAGAGGUCACCUGUCCACAGAGGUCACGCUCAAGGGGUCAAAAAAUCCUAAAUUGAACGUUUGCCGCCUCCCUCCCGUGACCUUCGCCUUAUUAAAAUUUGACUGCCACCUGGGAAAUGUUUUAGACGAGUAAUCAAUCAGUUCCAUUCACCGCCAUUCUAACUCUCUCUCUCUCUCUCUCUCUCUCUCUCUCUCUUUUAGCUUACGCAAUUUAACUUGACCCCAUCGCUGCUUGCAACUGAUUAGGUCAAAUAUUCUCUCUCUCUCUCUCUCUCUCUCUCUCUCUCUCUCUCUCUCUCUCUCUCUCUCUCUCUCUCUCACGGUCAUUAUGCUUUUAAGGAAAACGAAAAAUCAUCAAAAAUGUAGAAUUAUUUAGCUUUUGUACCUCUAAUCAGCCAAUUACUUCCCCCCUCACCCCCCAAUCCGCCCUGGGCCUCUUACCUCCUGUGGGCGUGGCCUCAGCAUCACGCCCAUCACAUCCACCUACCACCUACCACACCCUCGCCGGCCUGCCACUUCGAAGUCCCACUCUCUCCCUCGUUCAGACACUGCCAAGACCUUCUUUACGCACUAGCCAUGCCUGAAGACCCUCCUCCUUCUCCUCCUCCUCCUCCUCGUCCUACUCCUACUCCGGUCAACUUUACUCCAAUCUCAAUCUGAUGCCCCCCACACCUCCCCCAUUCCCUCCCAUUCCCCCCAAGCUCCUCCUCGCAUCGCCUGGACUAAAUGGGCACAAAAUAAAUUAGAAAAGUUUA